AUGUUCGUAAAUACGUUAUAUCAGUUAAUUUAUGUCAUUAAAAGCAAUUUUUUUACGACCUUACUUUUGAUUAUUUUCACCAAUAUAAUCCAAUACUACAUUAAUUAUUUCAUUCGACCAUCAAAAAUUCCUGGUCCACUUCCUUUACCAAUUAUUGGAAAUAUUCAUCAAAUUGGAGCAGAUUUCACAGCCGCAUUAAAAAAAUUUCAUGAAAAAUAUGGUGAUUUAUACGAAUUUUAUGUGGGAAGUACACGCAUGAUU